CCGUGUGUUGUUGUAGCUGACUUCACAGCCGCUUUCCACUUUUAUCCCCGUUAAACUAAUAAUCCGCGAGAGAUAAUAUUCAACAGCAAGGGGAGUUGGGAAGAAGGAACUGCCUUUCAACGACAAUCCACCUAUGACUGUACAUAAGGUCCUCUAGACGAGUCGUGAAUAGACUGAAGCGCUCCAAAGACGUGGUGAAAUACUACAUGGGAACAAAUAUAAAAGCACGGAGCGCAGAUUUUUUCCUGCAGAGAUCAGCGGCGCUGGGAUAUAAACAUGGAUGACGGGCAGCAGCGAUGGCUUUGAAGUAUUAAGGCCGAAUUGCUUGUCGAUUGUUUUUCUUUGUGCACGGCGAAUGGUUUUAAACCUACGUUUAUGUUAUUGCUUUUGAGACGUGACGUGCCAUUGUCUGUUCAUUUUGGGGAGGAAGUUGUCGGGAUGGCUCCUGGUUCACUAGCCACGCUAGCCCCUACUGGGCCCAACAUCUCCUGGCUCCCAGAAGCUCCUCUGCUCACUCCAGAGCAGCCCAUUUUCCUCAUGACAACUACGGCCCAGGCAGUGUCAGGCUUCUUCGUGUGGACGGCACUUCUACUCACCUGCCACCAGAUCUACAUGCAUUUGCGUUACUACAGAUCUCCCAAGGAGCAGAGGCACAUAGUGCGCAUCCUUUUCAUCGUACCCAUCUACGCCUUCGACUCCUGGCUCAGCCUUCUCUUCUUUACCAAUGACCAGUACUAUGUGUACUUCGACACAGUCAGGGAUUGCUAUGAGGCGUUUGUGAUCUAUAACUUCUUGAGCUUGUGUUAUGAAUACCUUGGAGGAGAGAGCGCUAUCAUGGCUGAGAUCAGAGGAAAACCUAUUGAGUCCAGCUGUGUAUAUGGAACAUGUUGUCUUUGGGGCAAGACCUACUCCAUUGGCUUCCUGCGAUUUUGCAAACAGGCCACUUUACAGUUCUGUGUCGUGAAACCCCUGAUGGCCAUGAUUACGGUCAUCCUGCAGGCCUUUGGGAAAUACCGUGAUGGGGAUUUCAACGUCGCUAGUGGUUAUCUGUACGUGACCAUCGUCUACAACAUUUCAGUCAGCCUGUCUCUCUACGCUCUUUUCCUGUUCUACUUCGCCACCCGAGACCUCCUCAGCCCCUACAGGCCAAUGCUCAAGUUCUUCAUGGUCAAAUCGGUCAUCUUCCUCUCCUUCUGGCAAGGCAUGCUGCUGGCCAUCUUGGAGAAAUGUGGUGCGAUUCCUCAGAUCAGCUCUCCUGAGGUUUCUGUCGGUGAGGGAACCGUUGCAGCUGGAUACCAGAACUUCAUCAUUUGCAUCGAGAUGUUCUUUGCCGCCUUGGCCCUGCGACAUGCGUUUACCUACAAGGUCUACAUGGACAAAAGACUGGAUUCCCUUGGCCCUGUUCCUACAUACGGACAGUACGGCCACUGUGCCCCUAUGAAGAGCAUCUCCAGCAGCUUGAAGGAGACCAUGAACCCUGGAGAUAUGGUUCAGGAUGCCAUCCACAAUUUCUCGCCAGCCUACCAACAAUACACCCAACAGUCCACCCUGGAGCAGGGGGUCACCGCGCCGCCCAUAUCCCGCAAUCACAGCUGCAUGAGCGCCCGGGACAAUGAGAAAACCCUGCUGCUUAGCUCCGAUGAUGAGUUUUAACUCGCUCACCUGUCGUCCUGAGCAGAGGUACUCCGUAAGGAACCGUUUACUGCUGUGGUAGUGUAAGGAUGAGGUUACCUUAACAUAGGAACAGGUUAUUAAAGGACCAUCUUAAGCAAGUAGUUGCAUUCAAGUGCAGUAGAAUCUGAAAUUAAGCCGCUUAUACUUGCUUAGUUGUUGAAACAGUCUUUAAAGAGCAAUCUUGAUGUGCUUUUAUCUGAUAACUCUGAAUGAGUUAAAUACAUUCAUCUGUACUUUUAGCCAAAUUUUGAAAACCCACAUGUUCUGACACUUCAGCAUUUGACAUGAUGUAUUUUUGUUUACGCUUGUAGUUUCAUAUAGGGGGUGUUUGGACAUCCCAGCAUAUUUAUAAAGAGCAGUGUAUUGGAGGGGCCCGCAUUCGGUGGGAAUGUUUCCGUUUUUGAUUUCCAGUUUCCAGUACACCUUUCCUUCCUUUUCAAAAGUGUUUAUAGCUUCCCCAGAGAUUUAAAGGGCGGGUACAGCAGUGAAUGAAAGAGCGCACUGACGUUAGAGAGAAUACUAGCUGUUCAAAUACACCAUUGUUGUUUUGACGGAUGAAUCGAGGGACGGGGAGAGGUCGAUGGUUCACGAUAAGAUUACAGAUUAAGGUGGUCUGGUUCUUUCAGAAAAGUGUGACCAUCCUGGACCACUGCAGAAAUCUAGGUUCGCGGAGCAGUUUAAAAGAUGGAUUUAGGCUACGCUUCUUAGUGUAUGCUAGACUUUUGAUGGUAAUGCGAAAUUUGUAUAGUUUGAAGAGACCAUUCACCCAAAAUUAACAGUUCUGUCAUUAUUUAUACACCUGUCAUGUCAUUCUAAAACUUAAGUUUCUUCUGUGAAACACGCAAAAAAGAAACUGUUUCUUUUCAUACCAUGAAAGUCAGCUAGGGUCCAAAUCAGCGUUGAAUCUUUCAUAAAGAAACACAAAGGCACAUUUCAAAAUAUCUUUGUUUCGCAAUGAAAGUAAAUCAUAGAGGUUUGAACAACCAAAUGGGUGAGUAAAUGACAAUUUCUGUUUUGAGUGAACUGUCUUUUUAGUAGGUAUUGUUUCUAGAUGUCCCACUAGAGGGAGGCAUAUUUCAGUGCACACCCUUUAUCUUUAUGGGACAGGCCUGUUAUCAUUGAUCCUUUGAGAGUCUCUCCCUUUCUUCAGAAGCAUCCGGCAUGUGCGCUUUACCUCCUCAGAUAGCACUAGGCCCUGGAAGACCAACCUUGAAGCUUGCCGUUUAUUUGAUAGCAUCUUUGGAGUUGCUUAUUAACUGUCCUACACUUUUAUUGCUACAAUUGAGGCCAGUAUAAACAAUGCGGCUGGAACCAAGUACGAGUAUGUAUAGGUACCCGCUUCUAGUUAUUAUGUUAGUGUUUUGCAGUCUAUUCUUUAUAAGGGGGAGGAUUUAUUUUAAUAAUAAUAUAGACGUUAUUGUAACUUGCACUAAGCAGUUUUGUAUAUUUAGGAGAAGUCUGAAUUAUCCUAGAACAUUUUGGCAAGCUAUUUCUAUAUGUUAAUAUUCAGAGAGUGGUUUAAAGUAACAUAGGAAGCACUGUUACAUUUAAAAUAUACAUAUUUUGCGAAAACAUAAAGACAUUCUUUGUACUAUCAUGUUAUUUUAAACAGAGCAUUAUGUAUUACUAUGGCAAAGAUUUUGCUUCUAUUUUUUUUUCCCCCUUGAUGCUCUGGCCUAGGAAACAAUAAAGAAAGUUUUGUCU